UUACAAUACCUGUCCUACUGCUCCAUACACCGACUAGGCAGCAACGCUGUAACAUAUCAGUGAAUAUUCUUGUAAUAAAAUGGAUAUAGAGAAACAGAAGGAAAAACUAGAGGAGGAAGAUGAAGAGGAGAAUGAUGGACUGGCAUGGCUUCUGCGGAUUGACAGUUCAGAUGUGGCACCCUCUCCCAUGGACACCAACAUCACACAGUGCAGUCUGUAUCUGGAUGGACAGGAUGGUAAGUGCACUCUGGAGUUUUCCCGAGAGCGCGUGUUUAAAGCUGCCUCCUGUGGUGAUGCCUCACAGCUCCAAGGUCUACUGGAGUUUCUGACAGUUAACAACAAACGCCUCACCAGCCCUGAGUUCAUAGGAGAGUCCAAUGGGAAAACAGCACUGCUGAAGGCCUUGUUGAACCUAAAGAAUGAUAAAAAUGAUGCCAUUCGAGUGCUCCUGGACAUAGCAGAAAAAACAGGAGAUCUAAAGAAAUUGAUCAAUGCAUCCUACACAGAUAAUUACUAUCACGGGCAGACUGCUCUGCAUGUGGCCAUCGAGAGGAGGAGCCUGGACCAUGUGAAGCUGUUGGUCGAGAAAGGAGCAGAUGUACAGGUCAAAGCCAAUGGCAAGUUCUUUCAGCUGAAUGAAGAAUCAGGCUUUUAUUUUGGGGAGCUGCCUCUGUCUCUGGCAGCCUGCACCAACCAGCCUGAGGUGGUGUCCUAUCUCCUGGACAACCCUCACAGACAAGCCGAUGUGGCAGACAGAGACUCCGAUGGCAACACUGUCCUGCACGCUUUGGUGGUGAUCGCAGACAACAGCCCUGAGAACACAGACAUGAUCGCAGACAUGUACAACAAGAUUCUGACUGAGCACCACAUACUGCACAGGGACAGCCCUGUCCGCCUGGAGGACAUCAAGAAUAACCAAGGACUCACACCUCUCAAGUUAGCCGCCAAGCUAGGCCGGAUAGGGUUGCUGAAGCAUAUGCUGCACAGAGAGCUUCUGGACAAAGGGUCUCGUCCUCUGUCCAGGAAGUUUACUGAAUGGGUGUAUGGGCCGGUGCACUCCUCUCUGUAUGACACCAGCUCCAUCGACACGGAUGAAGACAACUCUGUGCUGGAGAUCAUUGUGUUUGGCAGCAAAAUCCCUAACCGCACAGAGAUGCUGCAGUUGGAGCCUCUGUGCAGUCUUCUGAAGGACAAGUGGGAGCGCUUUGCCUCCAAACUUUUUCUUUUCAACUUCCUGGUUUACAUGGUUUACCUUAUCAUCUUCACCGCUGUGGCCAUCAACAGGAAGGAGGGGAAGCCCCCGUUCCCCAUCGAGGAUGUUCCUGAUGACUACCUGCGCAGCACUGGACAGGUCAUCAGUGUGCUGGGAGGACUCUGGUUCUUUUACAAAUCAGUGGUGAUCUUCAGGAAAAACCCACCAAAGUUCAGCAGUCUCUACACAGAUGGCUUCUGUGACAUUCUCUUCUUCUUCCAGGGCACUCUGAUCCUGCUUUGCGUUCCUCUGUAUCUGUGUGGACUCAGGGAGUACGUGGGACUGCAGGUCAUCUCUCUGGCUCUGGCCUGGGUUAAUACUCUAUAUUAUGCGAGAGGAAUCAAACAACUGGGCAUUUACAGUGUGAUGAUGCAGAGGAUGAUCCUCAGAGACCUCCUGCACUUCUUGUGUGUUUAUGCUGUCUUCCUCUUUGGCUUCUCAGCUGCUAUAGUUUCUCUGAUUGAAGAGAACUAUCCUGCUGAUGAAGAACACACCAGCCGUUCCAAGGCCCUCGGUAGGGGAGUUAGCCCAGAGAUGAUUCUUUGUGAAAAACCCUCAUACAACGACUUUAGCUUCACCAUUCUGGAGCUGUUUAAGUUCACUAUUGGCAUGGGAGACCUGGAGUUCACUGAUCAUGUCCAGUAUAAAGAGGUCUUCUACAUCCUACUCAUCUUCUACAUUGUCCUCACCUACAUCCUGCUGCUGAACAUGCUCAUAGCCAUAAUGGGCAACACUGUGGAGAGGAUCUCCAGUGAGAGCGAGAACAUCUGGAACCUGCAGAGAUCCCUCACCAUUUUGGACUUGGAGAGUUCUCUGCCACAGUGGCUGAAGGAGAAGCUUUACUCAGGAAAGUCCAAAAUCAUCAUCAAGCCUAACAUAAAUAAGGAGCAGAGCCAAAGACUGUUACGAGUGGAGGAGGUGAACUGGACUAAGUGGCGCUCAGACCUUCAUGUGUUUCAGCAGGAGGAUCCUGGGGGCCACAUGACCACUGAGCCCCAGUCCAAAGGAGGACCCCAAUGGAACUUCAACCUUUUUAAAGAACGACUUUGGCGCCGAAAUAAUCAGUCACAAGGCUACAAUUUUCCAACCAUUUAACAACAAUGCUCACCAAAGUGAGUAGAGUUAUUGUCAUAAUCAUGUGUCCUUCUUACAGUAGCCCUGCCCAGCUCAGCCCACGUAUAUACUCUAUGUAUUCAGUAGAGGAUUUGUAGUGUAGUGGAAAUGCAAUAUUAAUCAGAGGAGUCUAUAGCAGAGCCAGUAUUUCUAGAGGCUGAGAGUCAAAUGAGUGAGGCCAAGAGUGUCUGUAAGGUACUCUAUGUAAGAUUUUGAUUUUUUAAUUUCAUUAACUAGACCUAUUUGUGUCUCAAGAUGUGGCAUUAACAUGCUCAAGCAAUUGUUAUGCUGAUUUAUUUUUAAUUACAAAAUCACUGGGCAUGAUGUUCCAUUUAUUUAUGUUAUAAUUUGGUGUUUUGGUUCUCAAGAUGAUUUUCCAAUCAGAAAGCAGAAGGAGGCUCAGAUAAGUGUCUCAUUUAGGUUGCCAUUUUCAAUGCUGAAAUCCCAUUAUGUUAAACCUAAAAGACUCGCUAAUCUGAAUCCUCAGUAUGUAACCACCAGCACCUGCAGCAAAUAAUUCAUGAUAGUGCUAGUGCAGCCUCUGCAGGUCAGUGAGUGAAUUCUGGAGGUUAUGAGCUUUCACAUGAGGCAUAGCCUGUCCAUAUAGGCCUACUGAGAAUGUGUCCUCUAAAUGAAGGAUAAGGCACUUUUUUCACAGUUGUGCUUGUAGUGUCUUUUGUAGUCUAUUUUUGAAACAGUAAGAAGACAGUUAGACUGCAUGAAGUCCCUAAAGGAUCACGCUCUCUAUGAAAAUAGAUUCAGUGCAUCAUAAUAUUUACUUAUAAAAUGUUUUCUGUGGUUUGUAAUAGCGUCUAUACAAAGUGUAUAUAAAGAUAAUGGUGGUGUAGUGCAAAGAAAGACUCCAACACUUAAAAAGAAUGAACUGUAUUGCAGUAAGUUCAGUUUCAUUUGUUUCAGUUACAUUAAACCCAUGCCAUGUUUUUGAAAUGUUUGAAACUUUUUUUAUAUAUACUUUAUAACAAAAAUUAUCUUUUUUUUUUUUUUUUUUUAGGUUGAUUGUAUUUUACAGUCUUAAAUAAAUCUGUCCAUCACACAAAUUUGUAUAUAUACUGUUCACACAUACAAAACUCAGUAAUAGUUUUUCUAUUAUUCAGGUCAGGCAUAGAUUGAAGUUCACAGUUAGGGACAGAGACAUUGACAGAAAUAGCACAUAAACUCAACUAUCUGGAUCUGGCCCUGGCUGUCCCCAGUGCUUCAGUAUAUAGCUUACCACUGUGAGCUCAGGUCCAGCCAGAACAGUAGAAGAUCAUGCUGAGGGCUACAUACGGUUUGGACAUGCAAAGGAACACAAGGGGGCACAGCUAACGAGACACAUUUAAGAACAGUCCGUCACGGACAUCCUAAGAAACCCCAAUCUUGUCAGUGCUUACAGUAUAGAGUAUAGAGAGAAAUAUGUUGACCAAAAUAUGUUGUAAGCAAGUAUAUCAAUAAAUGCAGUUGUACAGUUUAAAUUUCACUCUCCAAGGGUGUGUUUACACUUGUCCUGGUUUGAGUCCAGGUUAGUCCUGGUGUACACCUGAUUUAGUCCUGGUUUACAUUUGGAUUACCGGUAGUUCUGAUCUAGUUCUGGUUUAGUUCCAGGUUUAGUCCUAAUUGGAUGUGUUGUGUGCAGAGGUGGGAAGAGUAGUCAGAAAAUGUACUCAAGUAAGCAUAAUAUUACUUUUAGAUAUAUGGCUCAAGUAGAAGUAAAACCCAAAUAAUUACUCAUGUAGGAGUAAAAAAGUAUUUGUAGAAAUUACUACUUGAAUACUAAGUGAAAACAGUUUGGAUGUAAAAUGUAUUUAAAAAGGGAUUCAUCAUAUAUAAGUUAAUAUAAUCAGAACGAUGCACAAAUUAGAAUGAAAUUACAAAAAAAACAAAAAAAACCACAAAAAAAAACACAUCUUAAGAUAAAGUGUAAUAAUAAUAAUAUUAAUAAUAAAGUGUAAAGUGCAAAUGUUGUAAUGUUGUUCAUAUAAUGCUUUGGUCACAACAGAAUUACUGUGUGUGUGCAAGUGUGAACGCACCCUAAUAGCGGCAUUAAUAACGGCAUUAUAAUAUCAAACCUCUAAGUAAACAGACUGACUGUAAACAUGCUUCUGACACUAACCUGGAGACGAACCCACACUGAAGCUUAGAAGCGACUCCAGUGUUAAACAAUAUUCAGUAUUGUAAUAUUGCACAAUUGACCGAUAGCUGCAAAUGAGAAUCUAAAUAAUAUGGCCGUAUAUAUUUUACUACAGUGCUUCAAAGCUGUGAAAGGCUCAUUUUACAAAAAUAAAAUACAAAAGGAAAGUUGGUAUCAAAAUCAGGUACAUUUGUCCAAGAUAUCUUUUUCCAAAAUCUUACAAAAUCUUAAAGGGUUUCCUAAUUGAAUUGUACAUUUAGCUUAGUGGUCCAUUCGGAAGCCCUUACACAGAUUUAAGAGCCAAUAAGUCCGUCAGUUAUGUGCCUGAGAGAGCUUCUUUGUGAUUGGCUCUCCUCUUUUCAUCUUUGGAAAAACUGCACUACAGUAAGUGCUGAAUCAGGACAGACACAUUUGAACUCAGCUUGACAGAACAGUAGUGUGCCUUCAGAUGGAGAGAG